CUAUAGCAGACUACGCAAAUUGAAGGAUUGUUGUCAACGUUUGGAGUUGGUGUUAAAUCUGCGACAACAGACGUUCAACUAGAAUUUAUAAGAACGAAUUAUGAUAUUUUAUAUUGUAUGUGGACUUUUCCAACAUUGACUUUAAAUUUAAGAAUACAAAAUGUUAUGGAGACUGAGGAGGUAUAUUCGCCGAAACUACAAACCAUUUCCUGAAGACGACGCUAGAAAACAUAAAUUAAAUUUGUCGCUUGUUUAUGCUUUAGCUUCUUGGAAUUUGUUUGGGUACCUUGUAUAUUAUUUGGCAAAAGAAUCCUUUCCCAAAGAAAAUAGUGCUGCUGAGUACGCAAAAUUUUUGGGCGUCACACAAGCCAAUAUUAUAAAAUACAAAGACUUCUCCAAAGUGGAAGAAUACGAGGUCGAAAUCGCACCAGAAGAUCAUCGCAUUUUGAACAUUUUUGAAGAGACUUAUGGAGUUGCGGAAAAAGAAUAAAUACGA